AGCUCUGCACCUUCACACUUCUCAGCGAUCGACUUGGAAGAACGUGCGUGCACCAUGAAGGCUGCCGCGGCGACGCUUCUGAUGGCGCUGGUGGUCGCGGCGGCGGUCACCGUGGUCCCAUCCGGCGCGGCCAGGCCCGACGACUCCGCGACGGUGGGCACCUUCGGCCAUGGCCACGGCCACGUCGGCGGCCGCACCUGGCGCGAUCACCACGGCGGCAACCGUUCCCCGCUGGCGGGGCUGACGGAGUGCGUCACCGUCUGCGGGUCCGGGGUGACCAAGUGCAUGCUCGACUGCUACAAGCCGGCCAUCAGCUUCGACCCCCUGCAGCUGCCCGUCUGCCUCCUCAAGUGCACCAACGACGCCAUGGUCUGCGGCUCCAGCUGCGCCACCAAUCUCUAGACGUCGUUCAGUCACGCAUUAAUCCUGCAUGCCACCGCUUGUACCUAACUACCGAUCGAAUGCUAUGCCAUAGUGCCAUGCAAUGCAGAAGUAUACCACUAGGGGAAUAUGUCCCAAAUACACCUAUGAUUGUAAUUCAUGCAUCCCAUACUACCAAUGGGUUGCAAAACCGUCCUUACCACGAAUAAUGCAAUGGCUACUUAUUACAUACCGGUUCAUCGA